AUGUGUUGUAACUACUACGGCAACUCCUGUGGCUACGGCUGUGGCCUGGGCUGUGGCUCUGGCUGUGGAUACGGCUGUGGAUAUGGCUCUCACUAUGGCUGUGGCCUGGGCUGUGGCUAUGGCUGUGGCUACGGCUCUGGCUGUGGCUAUGGCUGUGGAUACAGCUCUCGCUAUGGCUGUGGCCUGGGCUGUGGCUAUGGCUGUGGCUAUGGCUCUGGCUGUGGCUAUGGCUGCUGUGGCUACCGGCCCUAUUGCUACAGAAGAUGUUAUUCUUCUUGGUGCUAG